AUGCAGAAAUACAGGAAGGUGUUGUUUGCACAGGUAGCUGCAGCUGCUGUGAAACGUGGUCGAGCUCUGGUCCUCUGGAUCGUUCCUGCAGCCCGUCCACAGAAGCUUGGACUGGGGUACAUGGCCAAGAAUAGCAAUGAUGAGGUGGAAUUCAUCAAAUGCUGCUUCAUGAAAACAAGCAUCGCUCGAGUCAAGCGAUAUCAGAGAGAAAGUGACGAUGAAUGGUAUCAACCAACGACUCCUCUCAACAUCCAAGACUUGAGAUAUAUGCCACAGGAUCUAGAGCACAACCGACCUCAGCACGAAACACAACGCCAUCAUGUCCUCGCGAGCCCAGAUCAUGCCUACUUCUGCGCAUCAUCCCCAUACUGA